AUGGAGAAAAGUAAUGAUAAUUUCCCUUCAUACUACAAUCCACCUACACAUCAUACUUCACCAACAGCCAACUCUUCUAGUACACCACCUUAUAUGCCUUUCUUUACUCCAACCCAGCUACAGGUAGAAAAUGCCGAAGUCUUGCUGCGGUUGAAUCACGGUACUUUUAACAACCAUUCGCUCAUUCCUCGACAUGAACCUUUAGUAACUACAAAUGAUCCCUUUUCUACAGCCAAUUUCACCGGCUUACGACAAAAUAUUAGUGGUUCCUAUGGUACUUCGUCUAAUAUGUUGAAUACAAUGCAUUACGACGGCUUUUAUGGAAUUCCGUCCAAUCCGCAUUCAUAUGUAACAAAUGACGCUGUCCAACGAAAUUCUGGUAGUAAUAAUGUAAAAUCGAUCAAUGAGACUCAACAAAGUAACUUGAAUGUGGGGACAUCAAAGAAUGUUUCGAAGGGAAGAAAAAAAAAAAAGAAAGGACAAGUGAAUGUGAAUGAACAAAGUAGCAAGAAAGAUCGCAGUAAGAAAGAUAACAAAAAGGAAAAACAGAAAAAGGGUAAUAAUACUGUUAAUAAUGCCAAGAAGAAAAAGCAAAGUAAAAAAUUAAAGCGAGAGGCUCUUAAACGAGAGGCACUUGCACAAGACACUUGGAGAACACCAAAGAAAUCAGAAAAACCUUGGCUUAUUCAAGAUCCCAACCUCGUCAUCAAAGAACAUUUUCAAAAGGCGGAAGUUAUAGUGUUCGGAAGUGUCAAUACUGGCUUAUAUCUUCCAACAAGUGAUAUAGAUAUAGCUUGUUUUAUUCACGCAGAACCUAAAAGUGCUAUUUAUGCAAUUGCAAAGCUCUUUGAAACCCUAAAUAUUAGUGCUGAUAAAUCUACAAUGAUUACCUUGGCUGAAUUGCACCCUAAAAUUCAAUCUGGAAAAAUCGUCCCCGACGACGAAAAUCUUGGGGUAUUACUUAUCGAAUUUUUCGAACUUUAUGGUGUUGAUUUCAAUUAUGAGCAACUUGCUAUCCGUGUUGAAAGAGAUGAUGAUCUUGGUAUGGGCAUAGGAUAUUGUAAAAAAGAGAAUGAACCUUGGGCUACAAAGUGUCCAGAAAAAUUAUGUAUUCAAGAUCCUAUACAAAAAUCUAAAGAUACAACAAUCAUGCCAAAAAUUCGAGGAUACUUUGAACGAGCUUUUAAUACACUUGUUAAUCGUGUUUGCGUUUUUGAACGAAGUUUAUCAAGAAAUGGUGAUAUAAUCGUGGAUUUACAUAAACAAUCCAUUUUAUCAUCCAUUUUAUUCAUUCGUCGAGAGAUCAUUAACCGUAGACGUAAACUUCAUAAUGAUUUUAGAAAUGGUAAACAGCUUGGGCAGGCAGUUGCACCAUUUGGAACUGGUAUUGCGAAUUCAUUGCGACUUCCAGAUUUAGAAUAUAUUAGGCGAGAAUUUUGUGAAGAAAUUGGAGACAUUAGUAUGAAUAAAGAACGGGCCAUUCAUGUCGCAUCUUCCAAUAAUCAAUUGAAUGGUCCAGGAUUUUUACAAGCAAAAGUGAAUUUACAAAUUAAUCGUUCCAAUUCGGAUAUGGAUUUAUCAGAUCCUGGUUCACCUCCCAUCAACAAUAUGUAUGGUCAGUCAGUUGAUCCUUCAAAUAAUGAUGGACCUAAUAAAGGAUGUGGAGUACAGUAA